AUGUUGGCAAGAUUGUUUGUACUGCUUUUGAGUUACUUUUUUCUACUCUUUCUUGUCGCUCGAAUAUUUGAGAUUUCAUCCACGUGGCUCAAGGCAGGAUGUUUGGCCAGCCAGCUUUUGAAUCCGUUUGCGCUGAGCGUGAGAAAAUUAAAGUCGAUCUUGGAGCAGCGGGGCGUGAGUUACUCCGGGUUGGUGGAGAAGAAGGAACUUGUCGAGCUUGUAGAAGCGUGUGGAGCAGUAACCGAAGCUGAAAGCUGCUCUGUCGUCGCUGAAAGAUCUGCAGAUGACCAGGAAAGUGAUGAUUUAAAAUUCACCGGUGCAUCUCACUUUUUUGAAGAAGUAGAAGACACCAAAGCAGGGACAUGGUUGGUUGAUGUCAUUCCCAAGGGCCAGUCUUCGCUGCUUCGGAGCAAGCAAUGGUUUUUGCUCAAAAGAAAGAUUGCUCGAUUUGGCAUUCGAAUGGGAACGUUCUUAUGUGAAAAUGAUCCAAGACUGUGUGUAAAGUACGGCUGGGAUAAGCCAUCCUUAGUUAUUUCAAUGCCUCAAAGCAACCAGCCCAAAGGUAACGUCAUUUUAAAAACAUAUGACUCCAAACCUUCGGUGGAUCAUAUUUUUCAGUGGAUCAACAGAGAGCUUUCAUCCAAGGUAGUUAUUCUGAAUAGUGUGGAGGAAUUUGUGGACACAUUUGAAGCGAACAUGAAACAAGAACCUGCCUAUGUUGUGUUGUUUUCCACGUUAUCUGAACCUCCUAUGUAUCUUGGUUCGCUGUCCGUUCAAUUUACUGGAAGGGUUCGUUUUGGACACGUUCGAAUUUCCGAUUGGAAAGCACAAAAAGACAUCUUAAAAAACUACAAUGUCGAUAAUUUUCCAAGCCUUAUGGUAUUCACGCCAGAGGUUAAUUUGACAUACGGACAUAGAAAAGGAGAAUGGAUAGAAUAUCGUCGUCUACAACUAUUUUUGAAAACGAUUCACCCAGAGGUCAAUGAUGUGUUCGUGACAGUGCUUACUAUUGUAAACGUGAGCUGCUUUAUUGAAUUGUUCCUAAUGAACGGUGGUAUACUGAAAAGAAUCAUACACUUUAUGUGGUUACUGACGUUCUAUAAUACAAGUCUUAUAAUGCUUUGUUUGCCAGUGGUUACCCUGUUCCAAUUUCCUUGGCUUAGUCCAGUCCUUGAAUUCGUCUUAAAGUAUUGCAGAUACGUAAUGACAUCAGAUGCUGCUGCAGUAAUGAGACUGUACACAAUGUUUGGUUUGCAGCACAAAAAACUCAUAUUUGGAGGUUACAUUGUGUAUUGCUCGAUAAUACGCUGGAUUCGGAUCAAGUUCAAGCACCACUUUGGCCUUGAGGAUGAAAAUAACAAUACCAUGUCCAUAAGAGAAUGGUUUGCACAAGACCUACAUUACUUGACGAAUGUUGUCCAGAGUUUCCCGUCCUUAAGACAACCUCAAGUUGAGUACAGCACCUCUGGUCUUGAAGAUGGUUUUGAACUACUAAUACGACGGCUUGCAGUGCCUGAACUAUGGCUACGUCCAAUAAUCCCCACUGAUUUCAUUAAUAACUUACCAGUGUGGAAAUUCUGUUGUUCCCAGAGUUGUGAUAGCAAGCGAGGGCAUUGUACAAAGCAAUGCAGAAAGCACAGAUGUUGUCAAAAAUCAUCUCAACCGGUUGGGAUGUUUGUAGAUCAUGAUUGUGCCAUAUGUCUGGAGGAUUUUAGGAGUGGUUGUCUGUUGCUUGGUUUACCCUGUGGUCAUUGUUACCAUCAGCAGUGUAUUGAAGCAUGGCUGUGUGGAGGAAAUAGUGCUGGUCGGUUCUGCUGUCCUGUUUGCCGUUGGCCGGCUUACAAGCAAAAGCCAUUUGCUCUGGAAGGAAAUCUUGAGGGUGGUCAAAUGCAAGUCAGUUGA